AAGCCCAAGGACACUUCUUGCACAUCCAAUCCAUCUUUCUCUGCAAUCUUAAACCCUCAAUGCCUCUACAGAACCCUUCUUCUCCACCUCGCCCCUCAUUGGAUUCACCGCACCUCCGCCCAAUUUCAGAUUCCAUUUGACGUUCAAUCAUCUUUCUCACACAUUCAUUAAUCGAUCACUCAAUUGAUCACACACCCCACCAUGAAAGCUCUAAGACUCCUUCAAACACUCGCUAAUAACUCUUCAAGAACCCCACUAAAACCCCACAAAAAUCCCAUCUUUCUUUCAAGAUUCUACACAUCACAACCCCUGCAACAAAACCCAGCACCCGAACCCGAAGAAACCCACACUGCAAAUGGGAACAGUAACAAUGGGAUUGGGUUUGACAGCAGUUAUUAUGAAUUACCCACUAUAGAUACAGGAAAAAGGGAAGCUACAUGGGAUGAGAAGUAUAGGAGGAGGGCUGACAAGGCUGUGUUUAAGGAAGAGUAUGAUCAGGUGGUGAAAGAUAAGAAGUAUAAGAAGAAGGGUAAGACUAAGAAUGAGAGGCUGGUGGAGCAGGAGGAGAAACGGAGGCGUAGCGAGAUUCUUUCGAGGGCGUUGCUCGAGGUGGCGGUGGCGGAAACUGAUGAGGAGGAUGAGGAGGAGGAGGAGGAGAGGGAGGUGGUGAAGGUGGAGGAUCAGUUGUCUUUGUCGGUUGGGAUUAUUGGUGCUCCGAAUGCUGGAAAGUCUGCACUUACCAAUUUCAUGGUCGGGACGAAGGUUGCUGCAGUUUCACGGAAGACCAACACAACUACACAUGAAGUAUUAGGAGUGAUGACAAAAGGAAAAACACAAAUAUGUUUCUUUGACACUCCGGGGCUUAUUAUGAGAAGUAGUGGACUCCCAAAAUCCGAUGUUAAAGUUCGAGUUGAAAGCGCAUGGAGUUCAAUUGAUCUUUACGACACGCUCGUUGUUAUAUUUGAUGUUCAUAGACAUCUUACCAGGCCUGAUAAAAGAGUGGUAGGACUUAUUAAACAAAUGGGUUCACAAGUAAAUCCAAAGCAAAAGCGAAUAUUAUGCAUGAAUAAAGUCGAUUUGGUAGAGAAUAAGAAAGAUUUGUUGAAAGUUGCUGAUCAGUUUAAAGAUCUUCCUGGAUAUGAAAGGUAUUUCAUGAUUUCUGGACUAAAGGGUUCUGGAGUCAAAGAUCUUACACAAUAUUUGAUGGAACAGGCAGUUAAAAGACCAUGGGAUGAAGAUCCUCUCGUCAUGACCGAAGAUGUUAUGAAGAACAUAUCAUUAGAAGUUGUCAGGGAAAAAUUUCUAGACCAUAUUCAUCAGGAGAUUCCGUAUGAUGUUGAACAUCGAUUAAUAGAUUGGAAAGAGUUGAGGGAUGGUUCCAUAAGGAUUGAGCAGCAUCUCAUCACCAACAAAGUUAGCCAACGCAAAAUUAUUGUCGGCAAGAAUGGUUCUAAAAUAGGGAGAAUAGGCGUUGAAGCCAACGAAGAAUUGAGAUCCAUAUUCAAACGACAUGUUCAUCUGAUCCUUUUGGUCCGACUCAAAUGAUGGAAUUAUAAAGUUACUGAUUAUUUAUACUUGUGCUCCUUCUACUUACAAAUUUAAGAACAAAGCAGUAAGCUUCUGCUAUGUUGGAGCUUGUUUUAGGGUUUUAGCUCUUUUGCAGGAUUUUAUGUUUGAAAACCAAGAUGUGGAUCCAAUGAAUCAACCUACAAUUCAGAAUGGAAGAAUUCUGCAGCUUUUAUUUUCUUGUUUCUAAUUCCUUUUGUAUGUUCAAUAGAGGUACCCGAUAGGUGUAGUUUUGUUGAAUGCAUUUUAUCGAUUGUAUAGUUACUAGAUUCAGUAACUUAUUUCAGUGGCGUGUAUGCUUUACUUGGCGCGUCUUCUUUAUUAUUACAUAUGAAAUUAUUUCAUA